AUGGUGAUGAUCAACCUUUUCUGUAGCGUCGUUGGGGAGACGGGAAGUGCCUUCCCUGUUGCUGUCGAUGAGAGUGCAACGGUGGAAGACUUAAAGAUAAAGAUUAAGGAGAAGAAAGCGGACGACUCAGCCCUGAAAAUUGUAGCUGCGAAGAGCCUGCAGCUCUUCCUGGCGAAGCAGCCCGUUGAAGAGGAGGCUGGCAAAGAGGUCGUCCCUGUUUACCGCUCUUCUGCGAAGGAUAUGGAGAUAAGUCUCAAGUGGCUCGCAGACGAACAUAGGGCUGCUCUGAAGCCGGUUAAAGGAGAAUCCGACGAUUACAUCAAUGCGCUGACGGCCGGAGAACUGAUUCUGGACUCAAAGAUCUUAGCAACGUGGUUCUUCACGGAUAACAACAUGGAGCUUUUAUCUAGUGAGCAAGUUCACGUGCUGGUGGUGGUACCAAAGGGGACUGGUGGCGAUCAGAUACUCGAAAGUUCAAUCUCACACGAUGCGUUCACAAGGAUCCACGAACACACUUGUCGAAUGAGUGAUAAUGUGGAGAAAGAAAUUCGCGAACGGGAUCGUAAAAUUGCGGAUGAAAUCCGAAAACGAGAUCGUAAAAUAGUGGAAGAAUUUUGCGAACACUAUCGUAAGAUAUUGGAAGAAAUCCGCGAAUUGAAUGAUAAGCGAGCGGAAGAAACUCGUCAACUAGUGGAGCGUACAAUUGCGAGAGCUUUAAUCCCUGCGACACCGAGUAAACCAGAUUUACAAUUGGGCUACGAGCAUGUUGGCCUAUUGUUGCAGAAUGGAUACGUCUCGAGUGCAGAAGAAACAGUCGGAGCAGAUGCCUUUUGGUCAGUGGAAGUUCAGGCCCAAGUCGACUGUAUUAAGAGGGAGGACUCUUUUGACGCAUUCAUUACUCCUUAUUUCACCAAUGCACUGGACAGCCACGAUGUCGUAUUCGUCCAUAGCGAACUGUAUAACUCGUUGCCGCAGUCUGGGUUUGGUAACAGCAAUACCGCCCAAAUUCCAGAUGGAUUUGUGACCCAUCGUGGGAUGUAUCACAAGGAGCCUGAACCAAAUGAUGGUGUCAGUCGAGCGGGCACAUCAUUUCGUUUUGGGAAAGCAAUUAAGGCACUAUUUGAUUGCCUUGUUCUCUUCGAGAGCAAUAUCACUGAAGAUCUGGAAGGGGCUCCAUUUGGCCAAGUUAUGCAAUACAUACAGCACGUAUUCCCUAA